AUGUUUUGCCUAUUCCACAUUAGCCGAAAACAUGAGCUACCUAGUUGCCCGCCCCCUUUCAGGGAGUACAUGGAGAUGAUGCGAAUCUCAAAUGUUAGGGUUGGGUUAGAACUUCUUCUCAUUAAAUAUAAUGAUUUUAGCCAAGAAUUUCAGCAGCUAUCAAGAGGACUUUUGUGGUUUCGAUGCUCUAACUUUGAGCACCGAUAUAUCCCAUCGUGGCUGUCCCUAGAUAACAUUAGAGUUCUAGAGCUUACUUCUCCUGAGAGCUUGGAAACAUUGUGGGAGGAAGCACAUCCUCCUUUACAAUUGAGAGAACUACUAAUUAAAUAUGCUUCCAUCCUCCAAAGUCUUCCGAGGUCGAUAGGCCAUCUCAAGCAUUUGAAAAGACUGUCUUUGGUCGAUACAGGUAUGGUACCACUAUCAAGCUUGCCAGAAGAGUUUUGUCUACUUCAUUCGCUGGAGCAUUUGAGCUUAGAAGCAUGCCCGGAGCUAUCAAGACUAUCCAACCAUUUUGGAGAUUUGGUAAAUGUCCGACAUCUAAAUUUGUUGUUUUGUAGGAGUUUAGAGAUGUUGCCCGUGUCUUUUAAGAAGCUUAUAAACCUCGAAUAUCUCAAGUUAUCUUAUUGUCAAAAACUCACCUUAAAGUCAGAUAUUCUGGAAAACAUAACAAAACUUGAGAUUUUUGAUGUUUUACAUUGCUAUAAAUUUAAAAAAUUGCCUCACAAUAUCACAAAACAAUCUUUUCUGAGAAAACUAUAUAUUAGUAAUACCAAAAGCUUAAUAGAAUUACCAGUUUACACUGGUCAACUAACCAAAUUGGAUGAGCUCAAAAUUGUUGAGUGUCCAUUGUUGACAAGGUUACCAACUUCUUUGGGAAAGUUGCCCACAGUUAUAUGA